AUGGUUGGGCAUCUACUAAAAGCUUGCCGAAACCAAAGUAAAGUUGCAAAAUUUGGGAGGAAGGACAAGUCAGGUGCUAAUAGAGUCCAUCAAAUCUCCGAAGAUGAUGUCAAUGAGCUUAGCUCAAGCUGCUAUGAAGUUUCAAAUAAUGUGUGUUUGUACAACUUUGGAUUAAACACAGGUAUGGCAGCUUACAAGGUAAGGCUAACUAUAGAGAAAGUUCUGGUGGAGAUGGAAAUUGACAGCGGCUCAGCUGUAUCAGUUUGUCCUUCAGACGUUUUUAAUGAACAUUUUUCUCAUAUUGAAUUAAAGCCUGUUUCUAUGAAAUUGCGAACUUACACAGGUGGUGACGUGCCUGUUCUAGGUCAAGCUGAGGUUAGAGUUUUAUAUAAAAAUCAGAACCUAGUGUUACCACUAUUGAUUGUUGAGGUUUGUCGUAAAGACCAGCCUAUUUUGCUUGGAAGGAACUGGUUAGCAAAAUUAAAGUUGGAUUGGCAUGCUGUAUUUUCAAGAUCGUAUGAUACUACUGGUACUAAAUCUAAGUCUACAGUGAAUGUUACCACAUGUGAAUUGAAGCAAUCUAAUUGUGAAGUUGUGUUGCCUAAUGGCAAACUUGAGGCUGAAGUAGAGGCGUUAAAGAAAAAGUACAAUGCAGUGUUUCAAGGGGGGCCAGGAGAAAUAAAAGGUGUUAAGGCUCAAGUCACUCUCAAGGACAAUGCUGUUCCUAAGUUUUGCAAAUUUAGGCCUGUGCCUUACUCGUUAAGGGAAAAAGUAGAACAAGAAUUAGAUCGGUGGGUUGAGGAUGAGAUAGCGUACAGAGUUUCUAGUUCAGAAUGGGCUACUCCGUUACUUACAGUGCCCAAGACUAAUGGUGUCCGAUUGUGCGCAGACUUCAAAGUAACAUUGAAUCCGGUGUUACAGACGGAACAUUAUCCAUUACCUCAACCUGAGGAUAUAUUUGCUUCUCUGUCUGGUUGUACAUAUUUUUCAGUUGUGGAUCUCACUAAUGCUUUUCAACAAUUAGCUGUUGCGGAGGAUUCACAACAUCUGUUGACGUUAACAACUCACAAGGGACUAUUUCGACUAAGACGUCUGCCAUUUGGACUUUCUUCAGCUCCAGCUAUAUUUCAAGCUGUGAUCGAUCAAAUUAUAAACGGAUUACCAGUACACUAUGAUCUCUUGAAACCUUUAGUGCUCACUUGUGAUGCUAGUCCUAAAGGAGUUUCUGCCAUUUUGUCCCAUAUCAUAAACGGAGAAGAAAGACCUAUAGCGUUUGCAUCAAAAACACUGAGUGCCAGUGAGAAGAACUAUUCACAGCUCCACAAGGAGGCGUUGGCACUGAUCUUUGGAGUGAAGAAAUUCCAUAAAUACAUUUAUGGGCGUACCAAUUGUAUUUUACAAAGUGAUCAUCAGCCACUAGCAGCUAUUUUUGGAUCGAAGCGAGGGGUGCCUAGUUUAGCUGCUGCUCGCCUACAACGAUGGGCCCUGAUUUUGUCUGCCUACAAUUUUGAGGUAAAAUAUCGGAAGGGUUCCAGUUUGCCUCACGCUGAUGCGUUGUCACGCUUACCACUACCCGAGAAUGAAACUUUGGAGUUGGAUGAAAAUUAUAUAUCUCAUGUGGAAUCUUGUGUAAGAGAAAUGAACUUCUUCAAUUCGGGGAGUGACGAUUCUCCAAUUACUUCUAUAGAGAUAGGACAAUUGACUGAUAAAGACCCACUGUUGUCUAAAGUUCGGGAUUUUGUGUUGUAUGGGUGGCGUGAAAUUGUAGACCCAAUGUUAAUUCCAUUUCAGAGAAGGAGAGAUGAAUUGUCAGUGGAUAAAAAUUGCAUUUUAUGGGGCAGUAGAGUAGUCAUACCUAAGAAAUUGCAAGGUAAAGUCAUCCAGAUAUUGCAUGAACAACAUCCUGGAAUUACUCGAAUGAAAUUGUUGGCACGCAGCCACGUGUGGUGGCCUGGGAUCGAAAAAGUAAUUGAGGAUGCUGUGUCAUCUUGUUUGAUUUGUCAAAGUACAAGAAAUGCUGCUUCAAAAGUUCCAUUGCAGCAAUGGCCGUUAACUUCCGAGAGAUGGCGCCGAAUUCAUAUCGAUUUUGCUGAAGAUCCAACCACCAGACAGCAAAUGUUGAUUGUAGUGGAUAGUUUUUCAAAGUGGAUGGAAGUAUUUUUAAUGGGUUCUAUUUCCACGGGGAAGACCAUUGAGAAACUUCGUACACUAUUUUCUGCUUAUGGUUUACCUGAGGAGUUGGUGUGUGACAACGGCACGUCUUUUACCAGCCUAGAAUUCAGGGAGUUUCUUAGAAAAAAUGGUGUGAAACUAACAUUUUCUCCACCAUAUCACCCUGCCUCCAAUGGAGCAGCCGAGCGUUCUGUUCAAGAAGUUAAGAAAAGUUUGUUAAGGCAAGUUUUGGGUGAAAAAUCAUCUCAGCAGACAUCACUGCAGUAUAAAUUGGAUAACUUUCUUUUCGCAUAUCGUAAUACUCCAUCGUCAGUAACCGGUGUGAGCCCGGCUGAACUGUUCUUACGUUGGAAACCUCGAACAAAAUUGACUAUGUUAAAACCUAAUCUACUAGACGAGUCAAGGAAGAAGCAGGAAAUGCAGAAACGAGCCUCAGAUAGGCAUAGAGGUGCGUGUAGAUUUUUUAAUGAAAAUCAGAAGGUGUUGGUUAAAACAGUCAGACAGGAGAAAGUUAGUUGGGUUCCAGGUCUUAUAUUACAGUGUAAAAGUCCAGUUACUUAUUUGGUUAGUGUUCUUGGCAAAACAAGAGUUUGCCAUGCAGACCAUCUUAGACCAACUGAGGUAGAGGAGGACGAAAUCAUUGUGCGGAAAGAGGAAGUUGGAAGGACUAUUGAGGCACAUCAUCAAGAAUUCAAUAGAGAUUUGCCUAUUCUUCAGGAGUCUACAUCACCAUCAAUAUCAAGACAUGAUGCUUCACCUUAUUUGCCUAGAUUGAAGUCUGAUGUUGGGAAACCACGGGGUGUGCAAUACAGUCCAUCUACAGUUUUGAGGAGAUCACAGAGGACUGUGCACAAGCCGGAGAAAUUGGAUCUAUAA